GCACAGCCUGCGACCCUGACUACCCUUCCCAGGCUCUUCAUGGAAGGAAGCCCAGUCCCUCUCAUACAUAAAGCACCUCUGUGAGAACUGAAUUCAGUCCUAGCGAGUGACCCAGAAAGAGAACAAGGCUGGAGGCUCUCCACAAGCACGGCUAAUAGCCUUGUCCCAUUCACAAUGUAACCCAGCUGUGCGACUCUGUGAAGUUGGCAAGAUGUCCACAGCAGGGGACAACUGGGUGCCUGAGGAACAGGAAUCCGUAACCAGCAAGUUGCAACGUAAAAUGAAGCAGUCUCCUCUUGUUCCAGUGGGUUUAGCAGGAUUUGCUGUGAUUGUCGUCUAUGGACUCUACAGACUUAAACAACGAGGCAAUGUGAAAAUGUCUGUUCAUCUGAUUCAUACAAGGGUAGCUGCACAGGCCUGUGUUGUGGGGGCCACCGCUUUGGGAACUACAUAUGCCAUGUACAAGGAAUACAGGGAGAGAAAAGCUACAGAGAGAGAAGCUUUAAGGCCUUCUACCAAGGAGUAAAGUAGUUUGCCACAAAACCAACCAGCAAACAUGGAGUCUGACAACUAGAGGACAGCUUCUUCUGUUUUCACGUUUUAAUUUAGCUUUAUAAUUCACCUACCUUAACAUCUAUAGGUAGAUUAUAGAUUACAUUGUCCUCUGAUACCUGGUAAAUUAUAGUUUAUCCUUCCUAUAUACCACAUAGCAGUAAGUCAAGACAGAGGACAUACAGUUUCUAAACCAACAAAAUCCUAAUAUCUAAGCUGUAUGGUAGAAACAAUGUAGGGAAUUUACCAUUCCAUGCACCAGUCAAGAGUGGUAAAAGUGUCCAAUUUUUCCCCUUAAAGGGGUACUCCGCUGUUAGGCAUCUUAUCCCCAAUCCAAAGUAUCCUCUGGGGACCUCCCUGAUUCCCCCCCUACAGCAGCCCGGAGCUAAGUUUUCUCUGAGUCCUAUGACGGGCGGUGCAGGGGACAGGGCAUCGUGACGUCACGGUCCGCCUCCUCGUGACAUCAUGCCCCGCCCCCUCAAUACAAGUCUAUGGGAGGGGGCAUGAUGCCCCUUCCAUAGACUUGCAUUGAGGGGGCGGCUGUGACGUCAUGAGGGGGUGGGGCCGUGGUAUCAUGAGGGGGCGGGGCCAUGAUGUCGCGAUGCCCUGUCCCCUGCACCGCCCGUCAUAGGACUCUGAGAAAACUUAGCUCCGGGCUGCUGAGGUACCGGGCUGCUGCAGGGGGGAUUGCCCCCCCCCCCCCCCCCCCGCGAUCAGGCAUCUUAUCCCCUAUCCUAUGAAUAGGGGAUAAGAUGUCUAACAGCAGAGUACCCCUUUAAAAGAUCCAACUUAAAAGAUAUCGGGCAAACUCCCACUUUUGUUCAAAUUGCACUGGUGUAGUGAAGUAGAAAUUCCCCACAUAAUGUAUUUACUCUCCUUCAUAUCCCAGUUUAUCUGGGUCUGUUUUAAAACUUUUGUAGAAUUUGAUGACAUAAUGACAUAAAUAAAAUAUAUAUAAAAAAGUGAA